AUGCGCCCUGACAGUGACUCUAAAUCGUUGCGUGAAUCUCAAGAAGGCCAUAAGGGGUGGUGGGCAAGGUGUGGCUUUGCAAUACCAACAUUAUCUGUACGCCAGGGACACGGCGCUCCAGAAGGUCCAAACAGGCCAGCCAUGACUGUAGCCGACUCACCAAAAAAGAGAAAAGCGGCAUUUGCCCAUUCUACUAAUAAGAAGAUACCUAUCCCACUUGGUCGGAAAAACCCCGCCGACACGGCUUCUGGAAAUUCCGCCCCUCAAUCCACUUUUGAUGCAGCCCUGGGCGAUACAAGACAGAUCCAUGCAUACACUGAGAACCACAGAAAACUUCUCAAAAUCGAGGCUCAGGAUGCCUGGGAUCGAGAGGCAAAACCAAGGAAUUUGUCACGGUCGCCAAACGAUCAGCUAGAAAGAAGGGCUGCAACUAUCAUUCUAGCUAUACGCGAGUACGAGCGAAGGGUAACUUUUGGCAACCUUGCCUCGGAGGCUAUUCCGGGGAAGAAUACCCGAGAUAUGGGGGGCCAGUUUUUGACGAACAAGGAGCGAAUCGAUACAGAGAGCAAGCUGUAUGAGAUAGCAAAGAUGGUACCGAAAGGCGCUCUACUACAUCUUCAUUUCAACGCUGAGUUGCAUCCCGAAAGGUUGCUCGAGCAAGCCCGGGACAUGAAGAAUAUGUACAUUCGUAGUAUUCGUCCACUCUUGACACAGGAAGAUCUUAAUGAGACAGAAACGGUCUUUAUGGUACUGGAUGAAGAUCUGGUUGAACCAGAUGUGAACAUCUUCUCUAAAGACUAUCCCGGUGGGCCGACGAAUUGGAAGACCGAGGAAUGGAAGUACCGAGUUUGGAUGCCUUGGACAAAAUUCCAGACGGAAUUCAACAAGCGAUUUGCGAAAGAUUAUCAACAGCAAGAAGAUAUUUCCAUGUCCGAAACCCCUAAAUCAUGUGCUGAGCCGGGACAAGUAACACUACAGCCAGCCGAAAACUGGUUGAAAUCUAAAAUGGUACUCAGCCAAGAAGAAGCAUAUGGUUUUACGCAGACCGUGAACGGAGUAUGGGCUCGUUUUAAUCAAGCCACAAGAUGUUUCAAGGGCCUUUUGAAUUACGAGGGAGUCUACAAAUGGUACAUAAGCAAGGCUAUUGACCGUAUGAUCGAGGAGAAUGUCAUGUAUGCCGAGCUUCGACCUAUGUUGCUUGAUAAAUCAAUACCUACCAACGAUGGAAAAAGUAUCAUCGAUAAUUUCGGCCAAAUGCAGCUUAUCAUCGAUGGGGUGAAACAAAAGAAGGAAGAACUCGAAAAGGUGGGUAGGCUGGACAAGUUUCCGUUUGGAUUGAAAAUCAUCUAUUGCACGCCGCGAUCGAUCCCGAAGCCGCUGAUGCAGAAGGAGAUGAAACAUUGCAUAGACUUAAAGUUAAAAUUCCCAGAUCUCAUCUGCGGAUUUGAUCUCGUCGGUGCGGAAGACCGUCCCAACCACAUUGGCUACUACAAGGAUGAACUCAUUGCAUUUCAGAAGACGUGUGAACGACACAAUCUGGACAUUCCUUUCAUGUUCCAUGCAGGCGAAACAUUACUUGAUACCGGCGGAUCCACCAACCCGGAAAACUCGAAUUUGUACGAUGCUGUUCUCCUGAACUCGAAACGCAUUGGCCAUGGUUUCGCGCUCAUGAAGCACCCCCAUCUUGUAGAACGGUUCAAGAAGACUAGGAAAAGCCCAGGCAUUUGCGUCGAGCUUUGUCCUAUAUCGAACGAGCUCUUGCAUCUUUGCAGAAACGUUAAAGAACAUCCAUUUCCUGAACUCCUUGCUGCCGGUAUACCUUGCACUGUUAAUUCUGACAAUCCUUCCCUUUUCAGUAACUCUAUGUCCCAUGAAUUUUAUCAGAUCAUGGUUGGCGCGCCUACAAUGUCUCUGUACAGUUGGAAGCAAUUAGCUCGAUGGAGUAUCGAUUAUAGCUGCCUAUCGAAUACGCAACAGGCCAGAGCCCACGAGAUCUUUGACAAAAAUUGGGUCGAAUUUUGUGGAGAUGUUGUCAAGCAAUAUGACGAUUUGAUGAAUAAUGAUGAGAUCGAUGAAGAAAUGGCGAGACAGCUCUACAGUCAACGGAAGCCAGCUGUGCAAACGCACUGA